UACUAAUUUAAUUUGACCCUCCAUCAAAUCCAGUUAACGGUCGGCGAGCUUUUCCCUGUGUGCGAUGGGGCUUCCCCAAUAAUCGACUGUGCGUUCAUCCUGGAAUUGAAUCGAUGAGCCAUUUCGCGCAAAAUGCUCGUAUCUCGUGUUGCUGAUGGUUUUGCAUAUCCCCAUAGGAAAAUAGUGAGUGAGUGAGAGAGACAGGGAGAGGGAGGAAAAGUUUGGCCACUAUUGCAAGGCAACGUGACAACGUCGCGGUGCACCGGGAAAAACGAGUUUAAUAUUCAUGUGAUGCAUUUAAAAAGCGUUGACGCUUCUACGACGGUUACAUAAACGAUGUCUUCCAUAUCUACAUAACAAUCUUGUUCGCGCAUACCUGACAACAAGAAUACAGCCUUAAAAUGGCAUACUCACCUAUGCAUUGUUCUCUGACAGUUUUUCAAGAAUAAAAUAGCUUCCACUUUAAAAUACCUUUAAGAUGUUCCACUUUUCCAUGUCUGGAUUCAAGCAUGCCUAUUACAACUGCUAUUGUGAAUCUGACACAAUUUUCAACGUCUCUUAGUACUGGAAGUGCUAGUGGAACAUCAUUGACUUUAUUUCCUUUCAUAAAAAUAUGCCAAAAAAGGAUAUAACAGACGAAAGUUUCGAAUACAUUAUCUUCCUCAGGAAUAUUCUUCAAGAAUUGUUAAGACUCGUGGUAAGAGCUUGUUCUAGCCAUUAAAAAAAUACGUGCGUAACGCAAACAAAUUCGAGUUGUUCACACCUAGACAGGAUAAAUAUAAUUAAACAAAGACAGGAAGGUACGUAGAGUAAUUAGUCUAAUAUCUGACAAUGUAUUUGAAAAAUUUCAAGAGGAAGUUAGAUAACGUAUUGAAGCCCGAACAAAAACAGGAAAAAAGUAUAAGGGCGUAACACCAGACCUGAGUUCUCGUGAGUGAUACUUGUGAUAUAUCUAUACACAUACUCAACACAUAUGAGGGUACCUUCUGUUCUAAUUACAAACGAGGGGACCUUCGAGCGAUGAAUGGUGAGAAACGCCCUGGGAUCCUUCCCAGGAUGGUUGGUAAUUAAAAGAACGCGAAACAGUGCGAGUCUCUCUAGUGGAGGUCGUAACUGUAAACGAUAUACGAAACCUUGGUCGAACAUGCUAGGCUAUCUAUUCUACGUCGUCGAAGAAAAAAGAAGAAGUAAAGACGAUAGAAAGGAAAGAGUCCGCAACGUGUCAGAAAACGUAUCUGUUUUUCAUCAGUUCUCCGUUUCUUUGUUUCAAGUUCUAUCUUGAACAAUCAGUUGGCUUAAAAUUCUUCUUUAUCCACUUGUAUUGCAUUAAGAGCGAGGGAAGUUAAAAUUACAAAGAAGGAAUUGAAGUGGCGAAUAUAUGUUUUGUGCAUAUAAUAUAUAUUGUGACGUGGCAUUUUGAUGCACGUCUAAAAAUUAGGUGAAUUCGCCUACGUCGUGGGCCCUGAUGGGUUACGGAGCGUUUCGCCUGGCGCUGGACUGACUUUAAUUUUAAGAAUUUACAUUUAUCUCCCCGUGGGGAAUAUUUUGUUGUUUUUGAGUUCAUCAAGCGUAUCCGGGAGGAUUCAACGAGGAUUUAUAUUGUGACGGAGUCCGAGAGAAGCGCGGAGCCGAAUAUCGAGGGAGUAGAGGUGGAUGUGAUUCUCGCCCCACGGAAACAGCACUGAUGCCAUCCUAACGUAAUAAGAUGUCAGGAUCUAUUUUAUCGGGAUCGUCAAAACAAUUGAAGAUUGCGAGCUGGCUAGCGGAACCGAUUUAACAACAAAUUUGAUUGGACCAGGGAGGGUGGUAUUACUGCACGCUCUCGGGAAGGUUCCCGAUUUUGGAAAUUUAUAGCGUCACUCGCGGCGCUGACCUAGCUCAGGGAUAGACGCGCUAUCGUGUAGUACCGAUUUUUUAUUUGUUUUAUCGUAUCGUGAUCCGUUUGAGGGACCUUCAGUAUUCAACAGUGUUGUCCUUAUAUUUUUCUAUUUAAAAUAAAUCGGAUCCCGUUCCUGGAUUUUGGUUCCGAUUCGGUGUUGUAUAAAAUAUGUUCAUUAGUUUUUAAAGUGAACCUCCAUAAUUUUCACAUUUUUAUUAUUGUCUUCCAAAACCAAGACCCCACCACAUAAGAGCUGGCCAGGGUGUCCUCAGGAGACAGCGGUAUAACUCCGGUUAUCCCAAUAAACACUUACGUGUAAAAAACUAUGUCAAGUACCAGGAGUGCUGUGAAUUCUUCUAACCUAACUCUGGUUAUACCUGGCGCCCACUACAUUUAAUAUUUUAUUAAUUAUUUCUGAUGGUGCCAUUUAUUUGUGCUUCACCGUAAAAAGUGGCGUUACAAUACAUGGUACGACCAGAAGCCAUUGCCCUUUAACUACCCUCUACUAAUAUGGAUUUUACCUUGUACGCUCUCUGCAUUACGGUAAUUCAAUUUCCCGUAAUACGUUUUGAGAGCUCAUUCGUUUUCACAUGGUUUAUUUGAUAUUAGUCGGUUCUCGCAUUUCAUUCUCUUUAUACGGUCAUCAUUAAUCAUGCAUUAAAGGACUGGAAUUAUUGGAAAUAUAGUUACAAUAUACAGACCAGUAUUGCUUGAUUGCGGCCAUUGAAUUGUAACAAUGUUGUAUCUGCUUAUUGUCAACCCUAAGUCUUGAAUUGGAUAAUUGAAGUGUAAUGGACGAUUUCCAAGAGAGACUACAUUUUUUUGGUAAAAUUCUCCCUUGGCAUUUACGAAGAUAAAACUUGUAUUUAUUAAAAGUGGAUGUAUCACAGUAGAUGUCGAUACUUGUUUGAAAUUACACGAUAAUGAAGAAAUUAUAAUAUAUACCGAUGUGCGUGACUUAAAGUAGUUAGUUGUACGUCAGCUAGAUGGCGCUAAAAUAGAUACUGAUUCCACAUGUGCUUUCGGUGUUGACUGGUGCUCACAUAGCCGCUGAAAUGUUUGGAUUGUUAUUGAGAAAACGUAGUACAGUAAUAUUUAUUGUUUGAAAAAUAUUAAUAUUGUUUUAUAGUGUUCAUUGCUAAAGUAGAGAUUUUCUAAGAUGGAGGAAAAGAAUUUACUUCAGAAGUUACGACUUUUAAAAGAAAGUAAAUGUGCCGGAGAUUUGGAUGUUUGUGAUCAGAUGGAUGGUGACAUUUGUUUAUGGCGAAAUACUUUGGAUUAUAAUGUUUUUGAGUCGUAUUUGAUACAUUCUAGCAAAGAGAUUAGAUUAGAAGCACUAAUAUUGUUAGUUGAGUCGAAGAAAAGUAUUCCAAUUUUUACAGAGAAAGAAUUACAGUUAAUUAUUGUAUUCUUGACAAAUAAUAUUGGAGAACGGAUGGAUUUUAUGCCAUUAAUGAAGAAGGUACUGAAACGGUUAUUGCAUGGUGUAUCAGUCACACAGAAAAGUAUUGUUACACAAUGGGAUAUUUUUAAAAGGAUGAAGUUUGUUAAUGGUUAUUACGACACUGAGUAUAAAUCUGCUUGUAAGAUAUUCAGAUAUCACUGGAAUUUUUUGGAUGAUUUAUGUAAAUUGUGCAUUGAUAGACUGCAUCCAAAAGCCACACAUGAUUGCAAACAUGCAAUUUUUGAAUUUCUUUGUUUAUGCAAUGACUUCAAAGUUACUGAAAUAUUUGCUAUGACGAAAAUUAAUCAUUUGACAAAAGUAUCGCUUCUAAUUUCAUGUUUAAUUGAAGAUACGUAUGAAUCUAAUAAAGAAAUUAUAUAUGAAAUUUCAAAAGGCCUGAAGCUAAAUUGGAGUCCUAUUUCAAAACCUGAUGUAUAUAUUGAGAAAAUUUUAGAUAAAGCCAUUGAAUUAGCAAGUAGCAUUAAGCCCAAUGAUACCAUUACAGCUGCAUAUUUAUUAAAAAUUUUAACACUGCCCUGUUAUGCUAAAGAAGAUUACAAGCUUGAACUUCUGUUUACUCCGACAAAGCACAUUCAGUCAGAUGCAAAAAAAUUGAUAAACAUUCUAAUUCAACGAUAUGAGGCUCCAAUCAAAUUAGCUCAACAAAAUAUAGUCACUGCAAUUGGGAAGCAUUCCUUGUAUGGUUUUUUGUUUUGUGUAAGAAGUCUACUGAGUAUAUGCAAUCUCCGAGAAAUUUCUAUGGAGGAAGAUUGGAGAGAAAUGAUUAGCACAAUCAUUGACCAAUGUUUUCGAUUAAAUGAGGCAGUGACCCAAAUAGUUAACAACUCAUCGCCAGAGGGUCAUCUUCCUAUGGAUUUAAAUUCAGAUUAUCUUAAUUGUUUAUUCUUUGACCCCGAAGCAACUACUGUAACACCUCAAAUGGUGUUACUCUGUUCAUGGCGUACAGUUAAGGAAAUAAGUUUGUUAUUUGGAUAUUUGAUAGCUGAAGUCCCCAUAAGUGAUAAUACCACAAAUGCUUCGUUAUUAUCAGAAAAGCAAAUAAUCGACAUAGGGGAGCUUUUUGUAAAACUUCUUUAUGAAACAAAACAUAGAGGCGCUUUUGAGCAAGCUCACGUUGGUUUCCAAAAGUACUGCACUCGGCUCUGGAGUCUUGAUAGCAAAAGCUUGAAUCACUUGCCAAGAAAAUGGCUGCAUGAACUUCUACUUGCAAUUAUUGGUGUAAUGCCAAAGAAUCCAAAAUUAUGCGCAACUAGAAGAAGUGCAGGAAUACCAUUCAUGGUUCAGGCUUUAGUGAUUUCUGAUCCAAAUAUGAAAAAUACAUCAAAACCCACAGCGAUCAGUUCUGUACUCACAAUUCUAAUUGGACUUAUCAAUAUUGAAAACGAAGAUGAAUUGAUUAGCAAAGCAAAGUCAUUAAUGUAUGAUGGUACUAUAUUUUCGGAUCUUGAAAAUACUAUUACAUGGACAAAUAUUAGUGACUUUGAGAGUACUAGUGAAUCCAGACUUACCGAAAUGAAAGUACAUGCCAUUAAUAUCCUUAGAGCUCUCUUCAGGAGUUCUGAACCGAAGCUCCGGACAUAUAUGAUGUUUGAAGAUACCCUGAUAGCUGCUAUCAAAAGCUACAAUAAAAAUACAUGGGCUGAACGAAAUGCAGGCACACUUCUGUUUAGUGUCCUAAUUAUUCGAUGCUUUGGAGUACAAAGAACUAAAAAUCACAUUGAACUCACAAUGGAUAAUAAAAAAGCAGGUAGAACGAUAUUCGCUCUGUUUCCUCGUGUUCAAGAUCUCUUCCUCGAGGAGUUACAAGAUUUUGUUACUAAUGAUGAUUCUUUAAUGAAACCCAGUGUCCAUGCUAUUUUAUUAUUUCUAUCUCGGCUUUACGCCACUAAAGAGCACGAAGACCUAGAUGGUAUCUUUAAGAUAAAAGAAUUUUCAAAUCUUGUAUCAAAAUGUGCAAAAGGUAGAAUUUACAAGACACGUGAACUUGCAGCCAGAGCUUUGGUUUCGCUGCUAAGUGAAAAUACUGUGAAGGAAACUAUAGUAAGGUUGCUGAAAACUAUCACUAUGGCACCUGAAAAUCAUUUGUCGCUGAAUGAGAUUCAUGGCUACUUACUUCAGUUAAUAGAAAUAAUGAAAAAUUCAAAUUUCAAAACGGUAAUAUUACCAGAAACAGAGUUAAUUGAGAUUGUUUCAAACUCUUUUUGGAUUUUGACAAAUUUAGAGUGUACAAACAAUAAGCCAGCAUGUUUCAGUGUGGCGGGUGCUUAUCUAAAUCUACUUACAAAGAUACAUGAAAAGGAUCACUGGCGUUCUAAAUUACCAUGGAACCAAUUAUUUUACAUUGUCCAAACGCAUAUUGUUCAACCAUCCUUAAUGAAGCAGAAACCCGGACGAGAGGAAUACGAAUAUUUUGCUCCAGGUUUCGUCAUGGCUAUUUGCACAAGUUGGUCGGAUACGGAUUUGACAGAAACUAGGAAGAAUAUUAUUGAUAAUCUUUGGAAAUCAUUAUUAACAUACGAGGAAAUACGUGUGCAAAUGAUUAGUUGGCGUAUUGCUUCUCAAUUAUUAAAAAAAAACUUUUCUUCCCUCAUAAAAAGGAUAGUAGUCAAUCGAGCUGCACUUAUUGCAUUUAAUACUUUCAAUCAAGAUUUUUUAAAUAGCACAAUACAAGAUGAGCUGUACGAUUUUCUGUCAUGUUUGUUGCGUACUAUGGAUGAAGGUAGAGUUUAUUUAUUGUCUUCUUCGAGAGUGGAUGUCAUGUGUAAUUUUAUUGUUAUCAAACUAUCGGAAAGAGCACAAGAAAUUGACUUCUAUGAGAGGCCUAGUUACUUUGAGUUGCUAGGAUUAGCCUAUGGAAAAUUGUCUCAGGAUUACAAAGAAAAGCACAUAACUGUCCAGCGUAAGGAAAUAAUUUAUGAAACGUUCAUGAAUAAUUGCUACAUGGAGUCUGCGGAAAUGGAUUGCAGAAUUUCUGUUGCCAAAGGAAUCCGUCAAUUGUACGUUCACACUAUUAUGGAAACACGUGAACAACAUAUUUUAUUGUACUGGUGGACCGCCAUGCUUUACCUGCUGUUCGAUGACAGCGACGAAGUGCGUAAUGAAGUUUAUGUAACGAUUUCUGAAAUCGAACCAAAAAGUGCGGUAGAAUGCCACGAACGUAUGGUGACGAAGUUUUUUGAAAAAUUUCAACUUAAUAUCAUAAAGAGAUACCCAGCAGUGGCGGUAGCAGCACUUUUCUCAUGGUGUAUGGAAUUGGUCAAUGAUCCUAAUGAUGAAUUGGAUGAGAAUGGCGUCUUUGACAAGUGUAGAAACCAUCGUUUCUUUGACAAAGAACGUAUACUGAAUAUAUGCAAUAAAUAUUUAUUAGAAUUGGUGAAGGUAUAUUCAGUAUUCAAGUUUAUACCUGAUGGCGUACAAAAAUGGUUGAAAACGCAACUAAAUCUACAAGACAUUGAGUUUCAUCGUUACCGUGAAUUUUUUACACAAAUAUCAAGUAAUAUACAAACUCCACGCGUUGAGAACUUAUUUGAUUAUCCAUAUUUAUCAAAACAUCAUGUCGUGUUUAACAUCAUGAAAAUCAUUGACAAUCAAAGAUGUCAUCCCGUUGCGAUUCAAAAAUCAUAUUUAUAUUAAUACACCUAGCUCAAAGGGGGUAAAUGGUUUAAAUGGCAUCUUAAUGCUGGAAAAGUCGAUCUAUCAUUCAAGGGCAAUCGUCAGCACUGGAACGGGUAGGAUUACGAGAAGCGUUCGCGCGGCUGAAUAAAUAAAGCAUCCUCAAGGGACGUUUAUUGCUUCCGUGUACCUAAAUAAUAGAUUACCAAGAAUCUCGUCACCCGGUAGACCAACUGGCGUAGAAAACUACGCAGUGUCGAGAUCUACAGCGAUGCUCACAAUGAAAAUAUUACCAUUUUAUAAUUUCUUAUCACAGGAUAAAUUAUAAAUUUUAUAAAUAUACUGUGAUAUAAAUAAAAUCCUUAAAUUCGUAAUAAGC